CUGUCUCUAAAUUUUAUCUUAUAUUUGUUUUUCUUUUUCAAGUUUUUCUAACUCUUCUUCUUCAUUCUUCAAAAUCAAAAUCAUUCAACACAAUCAUAAAAAACACAUGGCUUCUUCACAACAUCAUAAACUUCCACAACCACUUUCUUCAUAUAUUUGUAAUGGUCCAAAAGGAUCUUCUUCUUCUUCUUCAUCUCAGUUCAAAAGGGUAGGUUCUACUUCAGAAAGAUCAAAUCCAAAGUCUCUUGUGUCAGAAGAUUCAAGAAUGGAUGAAUCUUCCAUUAUUACAGCAGUGAUUGGUAUACUUAGUGGUUACAUAGGAAGAUAUGUAAGAGAUGAUAAUUUCAGGAGAAUCAUAAGAGAGAAAUGCAAUUCUUUUUUGGAUAGAGUAAGAACAAGAAAAAGAAGAAAAGAUUUAGGUGAUGAUGAUGAUGAGAUCUUUGUGAACAUAGAAUUUUGUAUGAAGAAAAUUGAUAAACUGAUAGAAGAUCAAGGAACAAAGAAACAAGUUACAAUGAUGAAAAGUUUAAGAAAUUCUAUUGAGCUUUUAACCAAAAUUUCUUCUUUGAAUUCUUCUAAAUCUUAUCUCUCAUCUUGUGCUCAUCUUUACUUAGCAAUAGCUUACAAGCUACACAAAAAUGAUAGAGUUUCUUCAAAGCAUUUACUUCAAGUGUUUUGUUAUUCACCAAAUUUGGCUAGAACUUAUCUUCUUCCUGAUCUUUGGGACCAUUUGUUUCUUCCUCAUCUUCUUCAUCUUAAAAUUUGGUAUACUAGUGAGUUUGAGUUUCUUUCAAAUGAAUUUCAUGGUGAGAAAGAAAAGAAAGUCAAAGUUUUGAACAAAGUUUACAAUGAAAAAAUGGAUAGUGGAACUUAUCUUUUUGCUAUGUAUUAUAAACAAUGGCUUAAAGUUAGUGGUGCUAGUGAGCUUCCUCUUCCAAUUGUUCCCUUGCCAUCAAGACCAAGUUUUAGGUCAUCAAGAAGAAUGUCUUCAGAUUCUUCAAUUUCAAAUACUUCCAUUAAUCCAAAUUUAUACAAGGAAGUGUUUGGCCUCAAACAAGAGCAGCAAAAAUCUACUAAUCUUCGUGACCAAACUGGAAUUUUGACACCAAGAAAGGGAUUAGAGAUUGAUAAAAAAAUGUAUGGAGAUGAUUAUAGAUGCAGUUCGGUUCAGAAAGAAGACAGAAAAUCUUUUGGAAGAUCAUCAAACCAAAUUGAUAAGAAUAAAGCUCACCAAAGAUUGGACUAUUUUCAGUGCUUAUCUUGCAGGUUCAUACCAACAGAAACCAUGUCAAAAAUCAACUAUAUUAAAUCUAAGAAUGCUUCCUCAAGUGUUCUUUCAAGUGACUUAGUUGAAGCUAUUACUACUAUAUGUUCAUCCGAUAUUCUAACCGAAUGUGAAUUCGCUAUUCGUGUCGUUACCAAAGCUUGGUUGAACUCUCCGGGUGAUCCUCUCAUUGAAGAAGCAUUGACACAAUCUAUUGUAGUCCAAGGUAUCUUAGAGGUUUUGUUCGUCUCGACUGAAGACGAAAUUCUUGAAUUGAUUAUAUCAAUUUUAGCAGAAUUAAUUACAAGGAAUGAUUCAAUUAGACAAAUAAUACUAAAUUCUGAUCCACAACUAGAACUAUUUGUGAGACUUUUAAGAAGCACUAGUCUUUUUCUUAAGGCUUCGGUACUUCUUUAUCUAUCAAAACCAAUGGCAAAACAAAUGAUAUCAUCAGAAUGGGUGCCAUUGAUACUUAGAGUGUUGGAAUUUGGAGACAAAUUGCAGACACUUUUCACAGUGCAAUGUAGUCCUCAAGUUGCAGCAUUUUACAUUUUGGACCAACUUCUCAAUGGUUUUGAUGAAGAUAAGAAUUUGGAGAAUGCAAGACAAGUUCUUUCACUUGGUGGAUUGACACUUCUCAUCAAAAGAAUUGAUGAUGGGGAGAUUCAUGAGAAGGAGAAUUCUGCUUUGAUUAUUUCGUGUUGCCUUCGAGCCGAAGGAAGCUGUAGAAGCUAUUUGGCUGAGAAUAUUAACAAGAGUUCAUUGCUUGAACUCAUUGUUCUUGGAAGGAAACAAAAUUCAAGUGGUUAUGCAUUGUCUUUGCUAUUUGAAUUGCUUCACCUUGAUAGAAGAACCAAGAUUUUGAAAUUCUUAAGAGGACUCAAAGAUGGAUGGAGUGGCUUAAACACAAUGCACAUUUUCUUCAUAUAUCUUCAAAAGGCUCCACUAGAAGAAAGGCCUUUAGUUGCAGUGAUAUUAUUGAUGCUUGAUCUUAUGGAAGAUAAACAUCUCAAGGGCAGCAUAUAUAGAGAAGAAGCUAUUGAGGCAAUUGUAGCUGCUUUAAAUUGUAAAAUGUGUGAUGAUAGAGUUCAACAGCAAUCAGCAAAAGCUCUACUCUUAUUAGGAGGUCAUUUCUCUUAUGCAGGGGAAUCGUUGAUGGAAAAUUUGCUUUUACAAAAAGCUGGUUUCCAAGAAUUUUGCUUAGAAGAUUCAUUUCCCCCUUGCAAGGAAAUUGUUCUUUAUGACUCAAUUCACAAGGAGGAAGAAGAAGGUGAGAGUUGGCAAAAAAGAGCAGCAUGUGUCUUGUUCAAAAGUGGAAAUAAGAGAUUGCUAUCUGCACUUGCAAAUUCUAUAGCUAAUGGCAUUCCAAGUUUAGCACGUGCAAGUCUUACAACUAUUUCAUGGAUGUGUAGCUACCUUCACUUAGUUGAAGAUACAAAGUUGCCACAAAUGGCUUUCUCAAUCUUAACACCACAGUUACUACAAUCAUUGAAUUAUGAUAAUGAUGUUGAAGAAAGAGUUCUAUCUUCAUAUUCAUUGUUGUAUCUUACAAAAUAUUCUGGAUGUGACUCUAUCUUCCCAUCACUCAACAAAGACUCACUCACACAUCUCAGAAAUCUCUCCCUGGUGACGUGGACUGCAAAUGAGCUUAUCUCAAUAUUCUCAAAAAGAAGCAUACAAUUAAAACAAUAAUAUUAUGAUUUUGUUGAAUAUCUCUCCUUGUAUGUUUCGAUGAACGCUGAGUUUGAAAAAAAUACAAUGAUAUUGUGAUUUUGUAGAAGAGUUUACGUCAAAAUCACAUUGAUAUAUAAUGAUUCUGAUAAUCUUCCGGUCAAUUCAAACUUGCACUCAGUCGAUUGUAUUUUCCUUAAUAUUAGUAUUAUUCCAUUUCAUUUCAAUAAGUAUGAUUGUAACCAUAUAUCAUUGAAUUUUGUAUAGUUGAUUAGUUUGAUAGGGUAGGGAAUAUUUUCCA